AUGUCUGCAGAAUUCUCAUCCAAAAAAGAGAGAAGCCUUGCCUCAGGACCUAGUUUUAGGUCCAAUCAGAGGAAGAUAUUAAACCUGCUUCUUGAGAGAGAUGCCUCCUUUUCCAUCAGUUCAGAUCUCCCUAGAACUCCAGUGGAGAAGAAACUUUUUGGUGACUCUGCAAACCUAAGCAUUUUGUCUGGAGGAACCCCAAAACGUUGCCUUGAUCUUUCGAAUCUUAGCAGCGGGGAGACAUCUGCCACUCAGCUUACUGCUUCUGCAGACCUUGAUGAAACUGGUCAUUUGGAGUCUACAGGACCUGAGCAAGUACAGUUAGCUGGAAUGAAUUACCACCAGCAUCUUAUAAAAUGUAGCCCAGCACAGCUGUUUUGUAGCACUCCGAAUGCCUUGGACCGUGGCCGCAGGAAGAAAGAUGCAGUAUGUGGCUCGUCUGCAAAUAAGGAAAAUGAAAAGAGCACUUCAAAGCCUCUGGAGUGGUGGGUACCCAGGAACCUGAGGUCUCCUCUUUCUCUACUGGACAAUGGAAACUUGGUGGAAAGUGAAAUGAAACAUCUGGGCAGUCCCAUUACUACAGUUUCAAAAUUACAUAAAAAUCCAGAGCUAGCAGAAGAUCAAGCAGAAGAGAUAUCAGAUGAAUUGAUGGAGUUUUCACUGGAAGAUCAAGAAAAGGCCAAGCUACCUCUGUAUUGCUCCUCCCUGUAUCGCUCCUCAUCGUUGCCAGACAGCUUGAACAGUCCAAGUCUGAAGCAGGUGGUAAAAUUCAAGGACAGCACAAUACCAGAUAAAGUAAAAAAGAAGUAUUGUUCAAACCACAAAGAGCUCAGAAAGGACUUAGGUCUAAAGAAGAUGGUCUCCCUCUGUGACAUCAACAUGACUCAGAUGCUGGAGGAAGAUUCAAACCAGGGGCCUCUGAUUGGUGAUUUCUCCAAGGUAUGUGCACUGCCAACCGUGUCAGGGAAACACCAAGAUCUGAAGUACGUCAACCCAGAAACAGUGGCUGCCUUGCUAUCAGGGGAGUUCCAGGGUCUGAUUGAGAAGUUUUAUAUCAUCGAUUGCCGCUAUCCAUAUGAGUAUCUAGGAGGACACAUUCAGGGAGCAUUAAACUUGCACAGUCAAGAAGAAUUAUAUAACUUCUUUCUGAAGAAACCCAUUGUCCCUUUGGAUAUCCAGAAAAGAAUAAUCAUCGUGUUCCAUUGUGAAUUCUCCUCUGAGAGGGGUCCCCGAAUGUGCCGUUCUCUGAGAGAAGAGGACAGGGCUCUGAACCAGUAUCCUGCACUGUACUACCCAGAGCUGUACAUCCUCAAAGGGGGCUACAGAGACUUCUUUCCAGAAUAUAUGGAGCUGUGUGAACCACAGAGCUACUGCCCGAUGCAUCACCAGGACCAUAAGGCUGAGCUGCUGAGGUGUCGAAACCAGAACAAAGCAUGGGAAGGAGGGCGACAGCUGCAGGAACAGAUUGCCUUACUGGUGAAGGAUGUGAGCCCAUGA